GGGCGGGGUAGGUGUCAGGUCCGGAGCACUCGGGGCUGACAGGACCUGGGACGCGGCGGCUCCGUCCUUCCAAGAUGGAGUUCCUCCUGGGGAACCCGUUCAGUACCCCCGUGGGGCAGUGCCUCGGCCAGCAGCAUUGUAGACUUUGGUUAAGGACCCAGGGCUUGGGGCCUCUGCCCAGUCUGCUACACACACUUGCUGUUUCUUGGAGCAUAUUCUCACCAUUCUUGGAAAAGGCCACUGACGGCUCUCUGCAGAGUGAGGACUGGACACUGAACAUGGAAAUCUGCGACAUCAUCAAUGAGACAGAGGAAGGACCAAAGGAUGCCAUCCGUGCCCUGAAGAAGCGGCUCAAUGGGAACCGGAACUACAGAGAAGUAAUGCUGGCGUUAACAGUGCUGGAGACCUGUGUGAAGAACUGUGGCCACCGUUUCCAUGUCCUUGUAGCCAACCGAGACUUCAUUGACAGUGUGCUGGUCAAGAUCAUUUCUCCCAAGAACAACCCUCCCACCAUCGUCCAGGACAAGGUCCUUGCCCUGAUCCAGGCAUGGGCUGAUGCCUUCCGGAGCAGCCCUGACCUCACAGGCGUCGUGCACAUCUACGAGGAGCUGAAGAGGAAAGGAGUGGAGUUCCCCAUGGCUGAUUUGGAUGCUUUGUCUCCCAUCCACACCCCACAGCGGAGUGUCCCAGAAGUGGAUCCAGCCACCACCAUGUCCGGAUCCCAGUUGCAGCAGAGGACCAGCACAGGCACCUACUCCUCACCUCCUGCUUCUUACUCUACUUUGCAGGCCCCAGCUCUGAGUGUCAGCGGACCCAUCACAGCCAGUUCAGAACAGAUUGCCAGGCUUCGCAGCGAGCUGGAUGUGGUUCGAGGAAAUACCAAAGUCAUGUCUGAGAUGCUGACAGAGAUGGUUCCAGGACAGGAGGACUCAUCUGAUCUGGAGCUGCUGCAGGAGCUGCACCGCACCUGCCGGGCCAUGCAGCAGCGCAUUGUGGAACUCAUCUCGCGAGUGUCCAAUGAGGAGGUGACAGAGGAGCUGCUGCAUGUCAAUGAUGACCUCAACAAUGUUUUCCUCCGCUAUGAAAGGUUUGAACGAUACAGGUCAGGCCGCUCAGUUCAAAAUGCCAGUAAUGGAGUUCUGAACAAAGUGACUGAAGACAAUUUAAUAGACCUGGGGCCAGGCUCUCCUGCCGUGGUGAGCCCAAUGGUGGGGAGCACAGCCCCCCCAUCCUCCCUCUCUUCCCAGCUUGCAGGCUUGGACCUGGGGACAGACAGUGUCAGUGGCACUCUUAGCUCACUGCAGCAGUGUAACACCCAUGAUGGCUUUGACAUGUUCGCCCAGACCAGAGAGAACUCCUUGGCUGAGCAGCACAAGACGGUAACCUACGAGGAGCCCCACACUGCUGGAGAGCUGGCAUCUGCUCUGGACAAUCGGAAACCAAGCUCUGAAGUGCCUUGCCAUGACUUUUCCUUCUGGGCUUCUCUGUCCUCCCCUCAGAAGAGAGGUAAAGGUGGGGACUCUGACCUGGAUCCCAUAGACAGCUGGCUCGUGAGCCAAGGAAUGAUCCCUGUUGCUCAGCCCUCGGUCAUGGACGACAUUGAGGUGUGGCUCAGGACCGACCUGAAGGGGGAUGACCUGGAGGAGGGCGUCACAAGCGAAGAGUUUGAUAAAUUUCUUGAAGAAAGAGCCAAAGCUGCUGAGAUGGUCCCCAACCUCCCUUCACCCCCGACGGAGGCGCCCGUCCCUAACCCCAACAGCCGGAAGAAGCCUGAGCACUCGGAGGAUGCCCUUUUCGCCCUGUGAGCUGUUCCUUGGUUCCCACCCUAAGAUGGUCACUCUCACCACCCUGGCCACACCAGGCCUGGGCCUCUCCUCCCCCAAGCCCACUCAGUCCUGCGCUACUGUGUCUCCAUGGAAACAAUACUGUAUUUGCUCUCCCAGUCUCCACUAGUCAGGACAUGGACCAAAUAGCAUCAUAAAACGUGUCCUGACCUGGUCACCUGUCAUAGGCCCUGGCCCCUCCCCAUCUGCCCCUGCCUACCCAUUCCCCAGGCUGACCUGCCCAUCCACCCCCCCGCUGCUGCUCCCUCUGCACAUCCCUUCAAGGCACUGGGCGUGUUCAGCACUUUAGUUAGUCCCCUGGGUGCCUGUGGGUCAGUCCUCAGUUUCUGGGUCCUCUCUGUGUCACUUGGCUGCAACCCAGACUUGUUCCCAAGCUGGCUUAGGGCUUCUGGUAGGAGAGAAAGCCAGGGAGAGCUGGGAGCACACAGCUCAUGGUGCUGUGGCAGUGCCUGCAGAUAUACACUACUGCAACAGCCUUGCCUCAUGCACACCCCCAUGGGUCUGCUGGAGGCCUUGUGGGCUGCAAGCUGGCUGCUCCUGGGCUCUGAGCUGCCACUCCCACUAGCCUGACACCCCUUGAGGAGGCCUCAGUUACCAAGAGGCUGGAGACACCUUGGUCUCUGCCCUGCUCCAGGGCGCAAGCCUAACUACCCCUCCAUUCUGGCCUCCACCUACAGGCCCUGGCACCCAUUGCACCUUCUGUCCAAGCUGGCCUGCACUGAAGUGGGCCUUCCCUGCUGUGACUCCCAGACCCUUUUCCCAUCCCAACUGCUAGUCCCUGGGGCCCAGCCACACUGCCUGGGUGUCAGAAGCAAAGCCUAGCCCAGUCAUCACUUGUCCUCAGUCCAUGGGAGGGUGUCCCAGAACCUACCAUCAUCACCCAUGCCCAAGCACAUGAGAGACUGAGCUGUAGGCUGAGAGCCAGAUGAGGGUUCAUGGAGGAGCACUGAGGGCUGGGCCCAUUCUCAGCAUGACGAAAUGGUGCCAUGGAGAACCCACCCACCACUGUGGCUGCUUCCAGCAAAGUGUCUGGCUCCAGAGCCACCUAGGAGGCACUUGCUCCCCAGGACCUCAGCCCUGGCCUGAAACCUGGGUUAGCCCAUGCCUCUCCCCUCAGCUCUCCCCAAAGCCAGGGGCCCAGGCCCUGAGAUGUGAAAGCCUUGCGAAUCAGUCAGCAGAAGCAAAUGGUGAAGAAAGUGAACAAAGUAGCCCAUUUGUACCCAGAAGGGUCAGUCCAGUGGCACAGUCUCAAGGGGUCCAGUGAAGGGCUUCUCAGUGUGGGCCUGGGGUGGUCUGCCUUAUGGGAGCCCCAGCACCACAUAGCAGCAGGACCAGGGUUCUUCAGAGGAAAGAGCCCAUGCCCCAGCCUGGGGAGACCCUGAGAACACUACUCUGAGUGCCUGCAGCCCAGUGCUGCCCCUAGCUCCCAUCUGUGCUUCACCAACCCCCCCAGCAGAGACGGGACUCCAUUGGACUGGCCAGAGGCCAGUGCAGUAUGGAAAGUGUACCCACCUUCCUGGCCUGGAGCACCCCUCCAGGGGCUGUGAAGCAUUCCUGCUGGAACAGCAUGUCCCCUCCACAGAGCCUGCCUACUUGAGGGGAGAGGCCCUUGAGGCCUGUGCAGGAAUGGGGGGAUGCUGCUAAGCCCUGCCUGGAGGGCCUGUCCUGAGGCUGGAGCAGCCCUAUCUGGGAGAUUGGCAGGAACUUCCCUUGCCCCGCCCUGCCUCAUUCCCCCAGAGCAAGACCCUCAAGCCACCAGUCUCUCGCAAGUGUUAGAAAUCACAGAUACAGUAUGUGCUUAAUUACACUAAAUUAUUGCCGGGAUUCCUUAUAAGCACUAAUUAUACCUGAUUAUAGGUUAAAAUAUUUAUUUUGUCAAAAUAUUUUCUUGUGGCUGUGUUUAACCUUUCCUGUGUUCAUUGUGUGCUGAGAUGUGAAUAUUCAACACUAUCACCCCUAUUUGGCUGGUGGGCAGCAGUGACCACACUGUGACCCAAGCCUGCUUCUUGGGGCCAUCCUGCCAAGCACCCAAGAUACUAAGGAUGGCCCUGGCCCAAAGGAGAGAUGACUCUAUGUGUCUGCCAUCUUCCUGUGUGUCCAUCAGCCCCCACUGUGAGCGGCUGUGCUGUCUACCCUGCUCAUGCCUUGGCUCACUGCCCUUUCAUUCCUCAGCCAGGGGUCUGAGUGAGGGGGGCAGGGAAGCACUGUCCCUUAAGGCCCCAGUGUGAGUGGCCCGGUGGCAGCCACCAGUCUACCCAUGCCCCAUUAGUCAUCCCCAACCACAGACACACACACACCAUCAGCUCUGCCUGGCCAGCCCUGCAGAUGGCCCUGAGACAGGCCCAGGAGAGCAUGGUGCUCAGCACCCCAUGGGCCUCUAUACACUGAUCUGGCCCUCCUCUCCAUCCUUCCACAUGGGGAGCUUUUGACAAUGCCACCUUGCCCAUGUGUGCACCCAGGAGGGGGCCAGUGGUUCCUUCCUCCCCCUGUGCCCACCUCCACCCCCCCGGGUCAUCUUGGCCCAGGACAGUGGCCAUACACAGAGGAAGGGCUGGGUAUUUAUUUCUCAAGUUUGCACUGAAUUUGGAGGCAUCUCAGGAUUGUGAGGAACUGUGGAGAAGCAGGAGGUGUCCAGUUGUCUCAGAAGUCUGCUGUAUUGUCACUGUCUCUACAUCUCUGUGUCUCUGCAGGCAGAGUCUGGGUCCUGGGGGUUGGGUCAGAGCUCUUGAAGGCACAGACCCCAGCCUGGUUCUCCUCCCAGUUGCCCGCCUCUCUGAUGUGGGUUCUUGCAUGUAACACCCUCCAUGGUAAAUAAACAAGCAAAGCAACCA